GCUUGUUGCUGAUGUUCUUGCUCAUCGGGUACUUGCAUGCCACUGUUGUUGUUGUUGCUGCUGCUACUGCUGCUGCUGCCACCCUGUGUUUCGUCGUAAGCCCGAUGCAUGGGCGCCAAAUGCAGUUCCUCUCUGAUUCGCAGAUCGUCAUCCAUGUCCUGCAAAAUAUGUUCUUGAGACACGCUCGCCUCCUUGAUCGACCCCAGACUGUCAGCUGUUCCCGAAGGUCGAAACAGGAUGCGUCGCAGUAAUCCAGAGGAGCGUCGUCGGUGUUGUUGUUG